AUGGCAUCGUCUGCAGACAUCGCUCAGCUUCUGUCUUCUACCCUCAACCCCGAUCCAAACACCCGCAUCUCAGCAGAGUUGAAGCUGUCCGAGGUCCUCACAAAUCAUCAAUCUGUUCUCGCUCUCUCGGAAUUGAUUCUCGCCCCAGAUGUCGACAUAAAGUAUGUGAGCGAGCAUUGGUCGCCUUAUUUCCAACAAUUCAAGGGUGGCGCCCCGACGGUGCAGGUCAAGAGACAAAUUCGUGAAGUCGUCUUCCAGGGCCUCUCCGAUCAAGACAGCAGGAUACGGACCCUUUGCGCACAUAUUGUAUCCACAAUAGCUAACAGCGAUUGGCCUGAUGACUAUCCUGAUCUUCUCAAAAAUCUCAUCGCCUUGUUAUCCGCUGGCCAACCCAAUUCGGUUCAUGGAGUGAUGCAGGUUUUUACGGAAUUCAUUCGCACAGAUCUCACUGAAGAUCAGAUUUUACCUGUUCUCCGGGAACUCUUGCCGGCCUUACUUGCGGUCCUCGCGGGACAUGAGCGACACUCGGCUAUCACACGAGCUCGUACUAUCUCUGUUUUCCGACAAUGCGUGGAAGCGCUAUACAUGGUCAAAGAUCAGCAUCCGCAGUCGGUCAAAGAUGCGUCGGGUUCUAUCUUGCCUGCCUGGUUGGACGCUUUCAAAGUGUUACUCAACCUUGACCCGCUGCAGGAUGUCACUGGAACGUACUGGGAUGGGCUUGAGCUUCGUACUGAAAUCUUUGUGGUGCUUGAUGUUGUACACUCAUCUUUCGCACGAUUGAUUGCGCCAUUCCUCCCCGAUUACCUUGCUGCGGCGCUUCAUCACCUUGUCGUCCUCUUCCCCACUUACGCGCAGUAUUAUAUCAUAGAUGGGACUGCUGUUCCCGAGUCAUCAGAAGGAGCACUCAUCGAAAUCGAAAGGCUCAUAGCCCCAAUGAUCGACUUUGUAUCGAGUGUGGCAAGGCGUGGCAAAGCUGUAGGAUGGUUUGAACAGAAUUUGACGACUAUGAUGGAUAUCCUACUCCAGUGGGCGCAGAUGACGAAGGAGAAUGAGGAAGAAUGGUCCACCGACGCAAAUUUAUUCGUGACCCAGGAAGACGAUGAGACCCAGACGUAUUGUAUACGGGUAGCCGUCUUCGAUUUAUGCGCGUCUCUCCUAGACCGAUCGCCAGUCCUCACAGCCUCAGUCCUGCAAGCUGCGAUCCCAAGCAUUGUAGUCAAGUGGCGCCCACUGGAGGCUUUGCUAGCCGUCAUAGGUUCUCAGUCAGAGCCGAUCAUGGACUGUCUCCAUGAUGAGGCAGAAAUAGGACGGCCGAAACCAAUCGAUAUCGAGUAUCUUUUACGAGAGGUCGUUCCAUCUCUGGUAACACUUUCAGAGUGCCCCUUUUUGCAGGGUCGCUGUCUGGUGUUUGCUAGUCGAUUCGCGAAAUUGUUGUCCGUCGACAUCGCUGGACAGUACCUGGAAGCAGCAAUUCAGGUCAUUGAGUCCAGAGAAACUGGCAUUCCGUUCAAGAUAUCUGCUGUCAAAGCAAUUCUUCACUUCUGUCAAGGUCUUGACAACUCGGCUGUUCUACCAAUUGCGCCGCUCCUUGAGACGUUGUCAAUCGUUGUUGACAUUGACGGUUGGUUAACCGUUGAACUCGCAAACGACCUCGUACUUGCUUUACUGGAAGUAUGGAGGAAGAACCUCAAAGAACAUUCUGUGGCAGACCCAAUCCUGCUGUCCAUCCUCACGGAUAUAUUCUCUUCUAUUGCAUCUUCAUCCACGCCAGGCGUAUAUGAGACGGCUGUGAGGCAGGCUCUGCCUCAAUUGUCUGCCGCCAUUAGCAAUUUAAACCCCAAGGAAGCAUGGAUCACAUCCUCCGCUAUCGAACUCAUCAGCAGUCUCAUAGAAGGUGCCCCAGAAUCUGGGCUUGGAGAGGGGUUCUUCGCUGCCGUUGCACCUCCCCUCUUCAAUUGCUUGAAGACUGCUGAAGACAGGGACAUUCUCCAGAAUGGGAUAGCGUUGGUGACCCUUGUUGUCCGUGUGGAUGUGAAUCAGCUCUUAAGCUGGUCCGACGCAAACUUUCAAUCUGGCCUGGGGAAUGUGAUCAACGUGAUCGCCCGGAUGCUCCACGGUCAAGAUGAAUCUGGUGGACUCGUCAUCGGAGACCUCAUACUCCACCUUUUGCGCAAGGCAGGCGAAGCCGUCCUCCCGGUACUUCUGGAUUUGCUUGAAGCCUUGCUUGGCCGGAUGCGGACAGCCAAAACUGCUUCGUUCCUGCAGAGUCUUGUCAUCCCCUUCGCAUUCCUUAUACAAAAUCAACGCGACAUCAUUCUCGAUCUCGUUGAAAAUGUGAACAUUGAGGGUCGUUCGGGUCUUGACAUCCUCGUCAACACGUGGUGUGAAAACGCGGAGACAUUCCAGGGUUUCUGGCAGACGCGUGUCAGCACACUCGCGCUUUCUCAGCUGUUCUUGGCAGAAAGGCCGACGUUGCAGAAUUUGAUGGUCAAGGGCGACAUCAUUGUCACCGCCGAGACAAAGAAUGUCAUCCAGACUCGUUCAAAGACGAAAAAGUCACCCCAUCGGUUCACUUCCAUCCCAUUCCACCUGAAGGGACUGAAGUUAUUGUUGCAUGAGAUUGUCAGUAAUGGCGAAGCUGCUCCCAUGCUUGCCCCCGGGGAAACGGCGGAUCUCAAGUCCGACGAUGGCGAUGACGACUGGGAGGACGGAGAGGAGGACUUUGUGCCCGAGUACAUCACUACGCUGAUCAAGCACAAAAACCCUUUCGACGAGGAAGAGUCGCUAGAUCAAGACGAGGAUGAGGACCUCAGGAGUGACCCGAUCGCUCAGAUUGAUUUGCAGGCGUACCUGACCACGUUCCUGAGAGAAUGCGCUGUGCGGAACGCGAGCAACUUCGCAACUUUGGCCGAACAACUGACUGAGGAAGAGACUGUGGUACUUCAGCGUGUUGUUCAAGGGCAGGGGAUUCAAGGGCAGCAGUAGGAAGAAUGAGGGUUGAUUUUAUGAUCUGUGCUUGUUGAGAUGUAAUACCCAGGACGCCGGUGACAGGGCUGCUUCAUGGUCUUAUUUUUGUCUGCUUGUUUGUUUGAAUAGAAUCAUAUCGAACACUAUCACG